UAUGACAUUUUCUUUGUUUGGGAAAUAGCAGGCACAAUGGCGAGACCAAUGCAAAAGAGGAAAAAUCGCUCAAGCAUUCCAAAAAAGCGACAAAAGCCCAAGUCAAAGAAGCAGCUGCUAAGUAAUCCCAUCAUUGCAGCGAACUGGAAUUCAGAGGAAACACCUGCACAAAAUUAUCGUCGACUUGGGCUUGUUUCGAAGUUGAAUAAAUCCACUGGUGGAAAAGAACGAACUAUAGCGACUCUUACCGCCGAAUCCUCAGUCACAGCACCUCCUGAUGACCCAUUGGCGAUUAAUCCAGCAGAGAAGGCGCAAAAACCGGUAGCAGAAGAGGUCAAAAUUGAGCGUGAUCCUGAAACCGGCGCGAUAGUUCGUGUGGUCGACAAUACGAAGGAGAACCCCCUUCACGAUCCACUCAACGAUAUUGAAGAGAUGGAAGACAUAGAUUACAACGCACUGGGGAAGAGCAUUGGCAAGUUGUCCAAAUCGGGGGGAGUAGAUACAGAGGUUACGAGGCAGCUAGAAGAAUUUGCUGCUAGCGGGGUAAGAAGCAAACCAAGAGGACAGAGCGAAAGAGAACAAGAAUGGAUUGCGAGGCUGGUAGAGAAGCACGGCGAUGAUUACAAAGCAAUGUUCUGGGAUAAGGAGCUCAAUGUCAUGCAGCAGAGUGAGGGCGACAUUAAGCGAAGAGUCAAAAAAUGGAAGAUGAGGCACGGAUAAAGGAACAAGUAUCUCAUGAUUAUCAUUCUCAUUAACAACGCGUUACAAUAGAGCCGAUGAAAAGCGGGCAGGUAACUGGUCACAAAAAUGGCGCUGACACAGUUCCAUAAUUACCCGUGACUUAAGGGUGAGUCUCGCGCGGCAAAGUGGUCGACAAGGUGAAUUUAUCACAAACAUCAGGCGGUAUUUGUUAGGGCCGAAUAGUUGUUAACCGAUGACAUGUCAAGGUCCAUCUCGUGACACGAUCAGUCUCUAUUUACUAGAAGAUACUCCACAAUCUUCGAGCAUCUCUGUCAUAGUGUUGCAGUUCUAUCAAAUCCUUGACUUUCACACCCAAUAACUAGCGAUCAAUCCUUUGCUUCGACCAGUUUUUCCACGCUGCGCUGUGGCACCUAAUACAGCCGGGGUAUCCAC